GCUGAUAAUUCUGCAUAUAGAAAGCAAAGGUCAAAGUAAGGCAGUUGGAUAGAAGGGAGGGGGUAAUGAUUUAAGGGAAGACAGAUCAGAAAUCUCGUGAUGGAAUUUUCAUUUUCUUCUUAAUUUUAGAAAGAAGGGAAAAAUCAAAUUUGGGUUUUAAUUUUUAAUCUUUAAAAAUCUGCAGUGAAGUUGCAGCUUCAUCUCUUCUUAUUCCUCGUGAACUUUGUUUCGUUGUCGCCAUUGUUGUUGCUUUGAGACCUAGACGAAAGAAGCAGAAAACCCAGGCAAGAUUGGGAUUGCGUCGUUUUGAGAGUGAUGAUGGGUCGUUUUGGGAGGAAAAAUGGUGCAGUGAGGCAAUACGUAAAAUCAAAGGAGCCUCGUUUGAGAUGGACACCUCAGCUUCAUCACUGUUUUGUUCACGCCAUUGAAAGGCUUGGCGGUCAACACAAAGCUACGCCAAAACUUGUUCUUCAGUUGAUGAAUGUGAAAGGACUUUCCAUUUCACAUGUCAAGAGCCAUCUUCAGAUGUAUCGAGGCAUGAGAAGUGAUUGUUGCAGACAAGAUAAGAAUCAAAGAAGACAAUCUCAUGAUGAUCAAGUAAACCACUUGGGUUUUCACUCGUCUUUAAAACCCAUUGAAGAAUCGGAUUCUCGUUUGAUCCACAGUCAUCCGUUUCCUUCUGGAAGACAUGGAAUAUACGAGACCAAUGAUUAUAGGGAAAGCAAGCAGGUGGUGCAUCAGGGGAUAAAAGAAAGCGCAUGGGAUCAAACAGUCAACGAACCUCAUUCUUUGUGUCAAACCACACCUUUCUCUCUGCCACAUGAUCUUUACAGUCUCACAUAUUCAAUGGAACAAUCUGAUUUCCUUAAGGUAGCCGAGGCAGAAGUAGAAGAUGAGAAACAUGCAUAUGAGCAACACGGUCAGCACGUAGAACAUAACACAACGGCACACGUAGAACACGAUGGUCGCGGCGGCGGCUGCUGCGAUUUAUCGUUGUCACUAUCGUUGCAAAACCGUAAUGUUCCAUCUUCCAUGAGUGGAAUCAGCAGCAGCGAGGCAUUCUCUUCGUACUUUAGGUCAAAUUAUAGAGACGGCUCGGGCCGUUCUUCUUCGACGAUCACGCAACGUAGUAGUAUAAACUUAGAUCUGUCCGUUGCUCUUUGCGGCAGCUAAUGUUUUAGUUUACAGAAAUCCCACCUCCUUCCCAGGAUCUGGUAAAUUAUUAGCUUUUUUAAUGCAUGUC